UACGAGAAACCAAAAAAUGGUACCUUUAAACCACCCUCACCCCCUUAGCACAGCGGGUAGGGGUGGGGAAUUUUGAUAUAAUUACCUCCUUACUACCCUAAACAUAACUGCGGGGUCAAAAAUUGUCUUCCCAACUUUUCCCUCUAUAACCUUUCCUUGACUGGACUAUUGGUAAAUACUAGAAUUUGAUUUAGUAACUUUUUGAUAUCUUACUCCAAGACGUCAGCGAUGCCAGAGGCUGACGAAGCUACUCAUCCGGAUUGAAAUGCAUAGGUACCACUUGAUGUUGGUAUCAAAAAGUUAGAUAAAUUUUGUAAAGAAUUCAUAUCGUAGAGUUUCUAUAGAAAUCUCAACAAGUGUUUUUUCAUAGUAAACAACAUGCUGCUAGGAAACAUAUGAUACGUUGUGUACUGUAAUAUGAACAUGGUAUGAUUAUUCACAGUAAACACUUGCAUCUUCUUAGGAACAGACUGAAAUAAGCCAUUACUUAUUGUAACCUCUAUUUGAACAUUAUUUCAUAAAUAUGAAGUUGCAUUGUCCUAGGGUACAAACCAGUGCAUGUGGCUGCUCCUUGCAAACUGGAAGCAAAAUAAUUGGAUAUGUAUCUACGCUUGUCGGAAUUGGACUGCUCGUCAGCGGCAUUUCACUUGCAUUGGAUAAGCAUGAGCAGGAGCGUGGCACUCACAAACAAGAAAUGGAUAAGUUAUCUCUAAUAAUUGGAGCAACCUCUGCUGGAUAUGGAUUGAUAUUUUUUAUAGUUUCUUUUCUAUUGCUCUGCGGAGCUAUUCAGGCGAAACGACGUUGCAUGCUACCAUUUCUUGUCUUUGCAUACUUAAACAUUGUUCUAAUAGUUGUGCUCAUUCCUUGGAUAAUAUAUGAAGGUUUCUUCAUUCUCACAUUCCUUCUAAUAGCCCCUCUGUGUAAGUAAUGAUUUUAUAACAUUUAGUACUUGCUUUUAUGGUAUUCCAAUAGUUAUAAGGGUAAGAAAUACAUUGCUAUAAUUUUAACUGUGGGGGAAAAUGCAGAGGGGUUUAAACGUCUUGAAUAACAUCGAAUUAUGAAGAGGUAGAUAAAUAAUAUGCAGACCUAUGAUGAAUGCAUAGUAAUAGUAAUAUAGUUCUGAUUUUUUAAUAUAUUGUUUGGAUACAUAAGAGAAGUCAGAACUAUUUUUUCCUUGUGCUUGAUACAGAGUGGCCCAAAAAUCUCGUAUUUUCGGUUCAUUUUCCAGUUUUCAGCUAUUUCCGCCAAAUUCAGUCCAAUUCGGACAGAAAAAUUCGCUCUAGCCUUUUAUUUAGAUUAUUAAAUUCUAAAUAAGAUGAGAUCAUCAGAAACUCUCUAUAUUCAAUGAGUUACUUUUUUUUUAAUUCAAGUACCUAAAGAGUAAAUUUUUAUAAAUUUCAUUGUUUGAUCAACAUUAUAAUCUUCCGAUUGUUACCAUUUAAAUGUAUAGAUCAAAAUCCCUCUGGGCGCAAAUUUGUGCUCUACAACCAGAGACCGGGUAGAGUGCUCUAUCUCAUAUAGUUUUCCAGGUUCACCUGACAACAAUGCUUCUUGUAAUUUGAGAAAACCCUAAUUUUAAGCUUCAACCAUCAUAAUAU